AUGAAGAACCCCUUGCCCUUCGCGGUCGUAUCUAUUAGGCUGGCCGUCCUAGUCACCCUGGCUCAUUUGGUGCACACGGGACAGCUUCUGGACGACGGGCGAAGCUCGUUCUUCUUCCUCUACGCCGCAUCAUUCUUGCUCUAUGCGAUCUCAUCCCUGAGCGACCCCGGUUACCUCAAGUCUUGCCCCCUAGCAUACCUACCUAAUGAUGAGAGAGCUGCAUUCGAAGCAACCUUAAGUGAACGCACGGGGGAACCUUACAACAGGAAGGAUGUACCAGCAGCUUUUUCCACCACACAUGAUGAGAUAACAUCGUCGGAUUCGUUGUCCUCCGAGACAGUCAGUACGAAUGGUAAGAAAAGAGGAGGGUGGAAUACCAUCAGGGAAGACACGUUAUCUGUUGCAUAUGUUGACGAGCUGGAUAGCCUAACCAUUUUCCACCACAAGAACCACAACACAGUCAUUACGGAGAGAAGAGUCUGGAAAAAACAAAAGGGUGCCACCACCAUGCGAUGCGUCCACCGGAACGGCCCAGGCCAACCCGAUGAUGAUGACCUCCCCUCCACGAACCAAACGAAGUACUCAUGUCGACAAAGGAGCAAAGAGGGGGUCAAAUUUGAGGACAAGUCUGAUCCCAAAGUUGGGCGAAGAGUUCACCUCCGUUUGAUUACCCCCCUUGGGAUCAGAGCAAGAGUGAAUGAGAAUGGCCCCUCCAAGUACAAACCCCUUUCUGUGACACGACUACACCACGUGGGGUUAAACGCUGGAGGGAGCCAUGCAGAACCAACUCACGUGAAAAAAACGAUACGGGAUCCACUUAAUAAACAGACGCCAAUCACAUGCUACAUACAUGGUAAAAAGAAACCGUCCACCAUCUUUCGCGUGCGUGGUGGUCAGGUGUACCAAUAUGGUACCCCACUCUCUUACUGCUAUGUGUGCGGCGUAGUGCAGAUCCUGCGAAGUAGGCACUGCAACGCCUGCCACAGGUGCGUACGCACAUUCGACCACCACUGUCCUUGGAUCAAUAACUGCGUUGCAGAAAACAACCGAGCUUCCUAUUUAGUGUAUCUCCUCUUUGAAGCCAUGGCGCUUUUUCACGCACUCAAAUUACUCUCCCAAGCCAUUUUACGGAUGCUCUUUGAAGAAAAUGGGUGGUUCCUCGCCUGGCUGGUGGUGCUCCUCCUCGUGCUGUUUUUCUUCUUCACGAUGAUUUCCUGCUUGGCCAUCUACCACUCGUACCUCUGCUUGAUAAACGAGACGACACGCGAAAACACCCUCCGGGCGAGGAGCACGCAGGAAGUGAAAAACCUAGGAAGGAAACUCGCUGGACCCUUCUUCCUGGGCUACCAACAGAACGUCCUCAUUUAUUUUUCCAACCUUCCCAUCGCGUGGAUCUGCCCCAAGGUGGUCAGGCAGUACGCGUCAAACUGGUUGUGUCGCACAAGGGGUGUUACCUGGGCGACCCACGGGGAGAUCCUCUGGAAGCCAAACCGGAAGCCCUCCUUCCCAAGUCAGGCCAUUUUUCUCUCCAUCCUGGAGCACGUCACGUCAUGCCUAAGGAGGCAGCUGUCCCCCGUGACCCUCUCGAUCGAAAUCAGAAGCAGAAGCGGAAGCGGAAGCAGAUUCUUCUCUUCCAUCCCGACAGAACUAACCAACAGCCAACAGAAGCUCCUCAUACAGCUAGCCAAAAGAACCGUUUCAAAGAUAGGGGAUGGCAGAACCCAUCAGAAAAUCACCAAAAUUCAGGAACGCUCCAAAAUAUUGAAAAAUCUCCAUGACGACUUAGAUGUGUAUGCAGAGCUCUUCCAGGAAAGUGGCCUAAUCGAUGAGAAGCGCAACCCGGAGAAGACCAUCCAGGAGGUGAAGUCCUCCUCCGUUAUGGACGCAGACGAUGAUAUAAGGCAACUCCUACGCUCCAUCGAAGAUGUGGGUAGCAUGCUCCUGCAGGAUGUGGUUGACUUUUACAAAAGCGUUGUAAACACGGAGCACCACUUGGACACAGAAGAGGUGAAGGUGGAGAUCACCCCCGGAGUGGGGGGCCUCGAAGCCAAGCUGUUCUGCAACGACCUGUUCAGCAUAUAUGAACAAUUCUGCAAAAUGAAAAACUUCCAAUGCAAUCUGAUCAAAGGAGAAAGUGAAGACGUCAAGGAUGGCUUCAGAAGCAUCGUUGCAGUGAUCAAAGGAGAGCGCGUAUAUGAACACUUCGUCCAAGAGAAUGGCAUCCACCGAGUUCAGCGAAUACCAGUGAAUAGUAAAAAAAUACAAACAUCCACAUCUGUCGUAUUUGUGUCCGAUGAGGAAAGCUUAAAAAAAAAUAUAGAAAAAAAAAUAAACUUUAGUAAAAGUGAUCUGCUCAUUGAAACGAAGAGAUCAGGAGGAGCAGGAGGACAGAGCGUUAAUAAAAAUGAGACCUGUGUUAGGAUCCUCCAUAAGCCAACGAACUUAUCUGUGGAGGUACAAAAAACUUCCAGUCAAAUACAGAACAGAAGUAUGGCAAUACAAGCACUGAAGAACAAACUCUUUUCCCACUACUACCAGCAGGAAAAGGAACUUUACUUUAAGUGCAAGAAAAGUCAUAAGAUGAGUGGAGAUAGAAGUGAGAAAAUACGGACCUACAACUUUGUUAGUGACUUUAUUACAGACCACCUUACCAAUGUGCAGUACCCUGGGAUUGACCUCUUCUUCAGGGACGAUGGUCUCGUUCGCCUAGUUGAUCAUCAUAGGAAGGUUUUCUACCAACAUAUUGUCGAUGAGACGUUGCGCUUUAUCCUGGAUCGCACGCAGGGGUAA